AUGGGCUCCGUGUUACCCGCAGACCCGUUGGCUAUGAAGUCUGGAUUUAAGUGUCCCAGCCGUUCGCUGUCAGAUGUGAUCACGUCGGACAUCCUCCACAGUUUCCUCUACGGCAGGUGGAGGAACGUACUAGGAGAGCACCUGGGAGAGGAGCGCAACAGCGGCUGCAGCAACAGCCCCAAAACCGCCUUCACUGCAGAGGUGCUCGCGCAGUCCUUCGCUGGAGAGGUGCAAAAGUUGUCCAGUCUGGUGUUGCCCAGUGAGGUGAUCAUAGCUCAGAGCUCCAUCCCUGGAGAAGGCCUUGGCAUUUUCUCAAAGACAUGGAUCAAAGCUGGCACUGAGAUGGGACCUUUCACUGGCAGAGUGCUGUCCCCUGAACACGUGGACCUGCUUAAAAACAACAAUCUCAUGUGGGAGGUGUUUAACGAUGAUGGAACAGUGCGAUACUUUAUAGAUGCCAGUCAGGAGGACCAGCGCAGCUGGAUGACUUACAUUAAGUGCGCCCGCAAUGAGCAGGAGCAAAACUUGGAGGUGGUGCAGAUUGGCAGCAGCAUUUUCUAUAAAGCAGUAGAGACAAUCCCUCCAGACCAAGAGCUUCUUGUAUGGUAUGGAAAUACCCAUAACACAUUCCUAGGGAUCCCAGGUGUACCUGGAACAGAAGAAGAACAGCAGAAGAAAAGCAGAAAUGAUGACCACCCUUGUGACGGUUCUUCCUCCUGUUCUCCUGUAUCCACAUCCACUGCUGGUCGUAUGCGCUGUGUCAUUUGCCACCGUGGGUUUAACUCGCGUAGUAACCUUCGCUCUCAUAUGCGCAUCCACACUCUGGACAAGCCCUUUGUGUGUCGCUUCUGUAACCGCCGCUUCAGCCAGUCAUCCACUCUCCGUAACCAUGUCCGCCUGCACACUGGGGAGAGGCCCUACAAGUGUCAUGUGUGCCAAAGUGCCUACUCACAGCUGGCAGGCCUCAGGGCUCAUCAGAAGAGUGCCCGCCACAAGCCAGCAGCUUCAGGCACUGAUGGCUCUUCACAAGGGUCCCCCCCUCCUCCUCAGAUAACCCCCAUACCCCACCAACACCAGAUGCCUCUUGUGCACCACAUCCCCACCAUGGUGUUAUGAUAACAUAAGGACAAUUGACAAACUGGAAAAUGUUGCACUUUAGAUCAGUGGAGAAUUUGGGAUCUGUUGCUUUAAGAUGAAUGAUCAUGUGAUCACAUGUCAAUCAGAAUUGUUUUCUCAUCUGUUAGUUGUUAUCAUUAUCAACUUACUACAGAUGUAUUUGUUUAUGUCUAAGCCCUGCUGACUCAGGUGAACAGAGCUGUCAGACACUGACAGUGAGUUGUACCUCACCGAUCUGCCUGAGAUGUGUAGAGCACUGUACACUGAAAUGGCCACUUUAAUCUUGUACAGAUAGUAUACUACCCACAAGUAUGUAUUCCCAAAGUUAUAUACAAGUGAAUGUAAAUACAUUUGUGCUUUCUUUUGUUAUUAAUAAACAAAAUGCAUAGAA